UGAUCGUCGUUCGUCGUCGUGGGUGUCGUGGUUUUCAUUGAGUCUUUCACUGUUUUCUGAUUUUCUCUUACCAAUUUCUUCACCAUGCCUCAGCCGAAAUGGUACCACAAAUCUCUGGCAGAAUUGUGUAUGGACAGUAUCGUCGAUAACAUGGAGAAAUGGACGGCAUUACGUAACUCGGAGCCCGUUUCCUGUGAUUUUUAUCAUCUACCUUCACACAAUCUGGAGUACAUGAUUCCAUGUCUCAUAGAAGAUCAGAAAAGGAGAAGCCCAACAGAGGAGAUGUUUGAUUUACUCAUCAACCCACAUUUGAAAGUUCUUGAUUUAUCAAAAGAGGGAUCAUUUGAAAGUGAGGUCGAAAGAAAUCUUGGAAUCGUGCGAUUAGCUUCGGUCAGAUGUUCGCAACUAACAACAUUAAGGAUCAAAGGUGUUUACUGCUAUGAUUUCCCUAAAUAUUGUUGUGAAGCACUAAAAAUACCAAUUUCCAACUGUGUAAAAUUAUUGGAAGACGAUAUUUUUUUUACCAUGUUGCAGCAAUUUGAACACUUGCAAGUUCUUGAUUUGUCUUACACAACAUAUGGUGCUAGUUGCAUGCUCAGUCUUGGAGCAACUCGUAAACCACAACUAAGGGAGUUACUAGUUAAUAGGUGCCCCAAUGUAACGGAUACCGUAAUGCUAGAGUUUUGCAUCGGACAAAGCUCCCUUUACAAAUUAUCCUUUGAGAGAACAGCAGUGACUUCUGUCGGAAUUAAAUAUGCCAUCGAACAUUUAACGGAACUGAAAGAGAUAGAAUUUGACGAAGAGCGCAAUAUCCUCAAAAUCUUCCGUGACAUUCACAAUGAAUCCAGAGAAUUGAAAAAAUAUUCGUUAACCAAGUUGUCUAUUUCACGUUUCGUUCCUUACGAAAAAGGCGGCAUUUCGUUGAUGGUUUCCAUGUGUCCGGCCCUCGUCAAACUUGACAUGUACACGAUUAAAGGAAUUACGGAUGUGGAGUUGUUAGGUUUUCGUGAACUUAAACAAAUCAAAAGUCUCACAUUUUUUCAUGAUAUUGAUUUGACGUUCCCUUUUCACGGCGGUGUAGUUCCUAUUCUUCGAGUCCAUGGCUAUAGAUUAGAAUGGUUACGUAUAAUGCCUCCGGUUCCUAGCGAAAAAGUUCACUUAAUCAUCGAGUGCUGCCCAAAUAUUCAGGAACUGUUCCUUUGUAUUAGUAGUGACAUUGCAUUGCGAGAGCAAGAAGUAGACCAGUCUUCUUUUUAUCCCCCGAAGCAAGAUCUUUGGUUCCAUGAAGCAGUUCCGUUAAGGAUGUUGAAAACCCUUCAUUUGGAAUAUUCUAGUUACUAUUCGCCAUUCGCUAUUUCUCCCGAAAUUUUGUUAUUUCUCUUGUCUUCCCCUGCUCUUACAAAAAUUACCUUUAUUAAUUGUCCACAUCUUACUGCCCAGAUAAUUGAGAAAGCUUGUGCUAGGAACACUUUCAGAAAUUUGACGUUUUUAAUGUUGUACAAUUGUGAUAAUGUUAACCAGAAAGGCAUCGAUUUCUUCAUGAACGAAAUGAAUCCCUUGACCGAGAUUAUUUUGGGAAGAUGUGGUCAUCUGGACAUUUCGCGAUUGAAAGGUAUAUUAAAAGGUAUUGGAAGAUAUUGGAAGAUAAAAAUGACUGUGGAAUAAUUGAUAUUGAUUUCAACAAAACUGCGAUCUCAAAUUUACCAAGCUCCCUUCUUUUCCAUUUUAGUUUCAAACACUCAUUUCCUCUGUUUUAUUCUGCCACCACACAAUUCUCGUUACCACACGGAAUAAUUACUUUUGUAUUUGUUUUACAUUCAUUUAUGUGUUAACCAAGUCAAAUAUGAAAUUUUGAAUACUCCCUA